AGAGUGCCGUGAGCUUGGAUGUGUGUGACGAAAAAAGCGACACACUAUAGUGGAUUUUUUAAAAGUAAUUUUGCGUAUUUUUAUUGUCUUAGAAGACGCGUGGUUAUUAAAGUGCGUGCGUCGUUUUUUGUUAUUUUUACGUAACUCCUCAGAGGGAGAAGAGGCCCGGUGUAGUGAUAACGGCAAUAUCUUUCAUCAGCAGGCGGGCAAAGAGAAGAAAGUGCGUUCUAGUAGAGAGUUGACUAGCUUCAUCAUCAUCAUCAUCACCACCACCUUCCUCCUCCUCAUCAUCAUCAUCCUCAUCACCAUCCGGCCUACUGCUGCUGUGAAGCGAAGGAGGGAGCAGGAGUCCGCUGCGGAGGAGCCACCAUGGCGGUAAACCUGGACAAGGAAGCGUAUUACCGCCGCAUCAAGAGACUCUACAGCAACUGGAAGAAAGGAGAGGAUGAGUUUGGCAAAGUCGAUGCCAUGGUCGUUUCCGUCGGAGUGGACGAGGAGAUCGUCUACGCCAAGUCUACAGCCAUACAGACUUGGCUGUUUGGCUACGAGUUGACUGACACCAUCAUGGUUUUCUGCGAAACCAAAAUCAUCUUCCUCGCCAGCAAGAAGAAAGUGGAUUUCCUCAAACAGGUGGCCGUAACCAAGGGCAACGAGAACGCCAACGGUGCUCCGCCCAUCACUCUGCUCACCAGAGAAAAGAAUGAAAGCAACAAGGCCAACUUUGACAAGAUGAUGGAGGCGAUCAGAGGGAGUAAAGGGGGAAAGACAGUGGGAGUUUUCAGCAAAGACAAGUUUCCUGGUGAAUACAUGAAGAGCUGGAACGACGCGAUCACGGCCGAGGGACUGCAGAAGGUGGACAUCAGCGCCGUGGUAGCGUACACGAUGGCAGUAAAGGAGGACGGCGAGCUCAACCUGAUGAAGAAGGCGGCGUCCAUCACCAGCGAGGUUUACUCCAAGUUCUUCAAAGAGCGCGUCAUGGAGAUCGUUGAUGCCGACGAGAAAGUGCGUCACAGCAAACUCGCCGAGUCGGUAGAAAAGGCCAUCGAGGAGAAGAAGUACCUGGGAGGAGCCGAUCCUUCUACAGUGGAGAUGUGUUAUCCUCCGAUCAUCCAGAGUGGAGGCAACUACAGCCUUAAGUUCAGUGUCGUCAGUGAUAAGAACCACAUUCACUUCGGCGCCAUCACCUGCGCCAUGGGAAUCCGUUACAAGUCGUACUGUUCCAACCUGGUGCGGACGCUUAUGGUCGACCCGCCGCAGGAGAUGCAGGAUAACUACAACUUCCUGUUGCAGGUGGAGGAGGAGCUACUGAAGGAGCUCAAACACGGAGUAAAAAUUAACGACGCCUACAAUUCUGUUCUGGAGUUUGUAAAGAAAGAGAAGUCGGAUCUUGUGCCAAAACUGACCAAAAACCUCGGCUUUGCGAUGGGUAUCGAGUUCAGAGAAGGCUCUUUGGUCCUAAACGCUAAAAACCAGUACAAACUGAAAAAAGGAAUGGUGUUGAGCAUCAGUCUGGGAUUCGCUGACCUGGAGAACAAAGAGGGCAAAAAAGAGGAGCAGAAAAAAUACGCCUUAUUUGUCGGCGACACGAUACAGAUCAACGAGGAAGAGGCGGCGACGAUACUCACGCCAGUGAAGAAGAAAAUCAAAAAUGUGGGAAUCUUCUUAAAGAACGACGACGAGGAGGAUGACGAGGAAGACGGCGACGAUGCCGAGGAGCUGCUGGGUAAAGGAGCGCGGAGCGCAGCGCUGCUCGCCGACAGAACCAGAAACGAGAUGACGGCGGAGGAGAAGCGACGCACCCACCAGAAGGAGCUGGCCAACAAUUUGAACGAAGAGGCGAAGCGUCGGCUGACGGAGCAGAAGGGAGAGCAGCAGAUACAGAAGGUGAAAAAGUCCAACGUGUCGUAUAAGAACGUGUCUCAGAUGCCCAGAGAAAAAGACAUCAGGGAAAUGAAGAUAUUCAUCGACAAGAAGUACGAGACGGUCAUCAUGCCCGUUUUCGGUAUCGCCACGCCGUUCCACAUCGCAACCAUCAAGAACAUCAGUAUGUCUGUAGAAGGAGACUACACCUACCUGAGGAUCAACUUCUACGUCCCUGGCAGCUCCCUGGGACGACAGGAAGGAAAUAUCUUCCCCAACCCUGACGCCACAUUCGUCAAAGAAAUCACGUACCGAGCGUCCAACCUGAAGGCCCCCGGCGACGUGUCGGUGCCCGCCACCAACCUCCAGAACGCUUUCCGCAUCAUCAAGGAGGUACAGAAACGCUACAAGACGCGAGAGGCCGAGGAGAAGGAGAAGGAGGGCAUCGUCAAGCAGGACUCGCUGGUCAUCAACCUCAACCGCAGCAACCCCAAACUCAAAGACCUUUACAUCAGACCCAACAUCGCACAGAAGAGGAUGCAGGGUUCGCUGGAGGCUCAUACCAACGGAUUCCGUUUCACGUCGGUCCGCGGCGACAAAGUGGACAUUCUUUACAACAACAUCAAGCACGCCGUCUUCCAGCCGUGUGACGGGGAGAUGAUCAUUGUGCUGCACUUCCACCUCAAGAACGCCAUCAUGUUUGGUAAGAGACGCCACACGGACGUCCAGUUCUACACGGAGGUCGGCGAGAUCACCACGGAUCUGGGCAAACACCAACACAUGCACGACCGCGACGACCUGUACGCCGAGCAGAUGGAGCGCGAGAUGAGGCACAAGCUCAAGUCGGCCUUCAAGAACUUCAUCGAGAAGGUGGAGACGCUGACGAAAGAGGAGCUGGAGUUCGAGGUUCCCUUCAGGGACCUGGGAUUCCAGGGCGCCCCCUACAGGAGUACCUGCCUCCUACAACCCACAUCCAGUUCCCUUGUAAACGUCACUGAAUGGCCGCCGUUUGUCGUCACGCUGGACGAAGUGGAGCUGGUUCACUUUGAGCGAGUUCAGUUCCACCUGAAGAACUUUGACGUGGUCAUCAUCUACAAGGACUACAACAAGAAGGUCACCAUGAUCAACGCCGUGCCCGUCAACUCCCUGGACCCCAUCAAGGAGUGGCUCAACUCGUGUGACAUCAAGUACACGGAAGGAGUCCAGUCGCUGAACUGGACCAAGAUCAUGAAGACCAUCGUGGACGAUCCUGAGGGUUUCUUCGAGCAGGGCGGCUGGUCCUUCCUGGACCCGGACAGCGAGGGAGAGGGAGAGGUGCAAGAUUCGGAGUCGGAAAUGGAGGACGAGACGUUCAACCCGUCUGCAGAUGAGGAGGAGGAGGAAGAGGAAGACAGCGACGAAGACUACAGCUCCGAGACGGAAGACUCUAAUUACAGUGCGUCACUGGGCAGUGAGGAGGAAAGUGGCAAAGACUGGGACGAGCUGGAGGAAGAAGCCAGGAAAGCCGACAAAGAGAGUCAGUACGAGGACGAGGACACGGCCAACAGGAAGAGGAAAGUACGACCAACGGCGCCACCGAGCAAGAAGAAGAGACGGACCUAAACACGUUUAUCACACACACACACACACACUGCCAAACACUUAGCUGACCCUUGACCCUCCUUUCUGCCCCGACUGGCUCUUCACACACACACACACACACACACACACACACACUAUGACAUGUACAUAGACGUAGUAGCUCCUUUAUAUUUGUGUCAGUGAAGUGUUGACGUUAAUGUGGAGAAAGAACAGGAAAAACACACAAGCGCGUGCACGCACACACACAAGUCAUUUUCUUCUUCCUCAUUCUUUGUUUCAUCAGUCAGGGCUUUGUGUGCGUGUGUGUGUGUGUGUGUGUGUGUGUGUUCAAAUGAGUUUUAAUUGUUUAUUUUUGUUUAAUGAAAAUAAUAAAAAAAAAGUUUCUUAACGACAAAUGAAAAAAGAAGUGACGAUGUUUUUCCUCUGCCAAGUGUUUUUAUAUAAAACUGUCUCCUCGUCUUCAUUUCACUCUUCAGUCUUUGUUAAAUCAUCGCAAUUCAAAAUUUGUUUUCCUUUUUUUUAUUUUAAAGGGCAAACAUUUUUCGAAAUAUUUUUUAGGGGGUUAACUAUGUCACACACACACUCUCACACGUCUCCUUCGCACUUGUUCUUCUCUGUCCUUUUUUGUUGUUGUUCAUUCUGAGUAGAAAAUGUUGAGCUGUUUAAUUCUGAAAAUCCUGUUUUUUGUUUUAUUUUCUUUUUGUAAUAAAAUUAAAAGGAACUGUA